AUGAAAUACGGCUUUUUGCUUUUUCUAUUUGGCCUUUUCUCGGUCGCCAGUGCCAUCCGAUGCAAUCUGACCAACUCUUGUCCAGAAGAUUCGCCAUGUUGCAACCAAUACGGUGAAUGUGGCACAGGUGCCUAUUGUUUGGGCGGCUGUGACAUCAGAUACUCCUACAACAUCAGUGCAUGCAUGCCGAUGCCACGGAUGUCCAGUUUCGAAGAGAAUUUCAAAGACAUUUCUGUAAUCGGCAAACAAGAAGAAUACUUGGGUAACGCCAGUGAAUAUGACUGGGUGUACACGGGAUACAUCGACUCGUAUGACGAUGCGCUCUUGUUGCAGAUGCCUAAUCAGUCUACAGGUACUGUUGUGUCGUCCACAAAAUAUCUCUGGUACGGCCGGAUCGGAGCCACCCUCAAAUCCUCGAGAGACCGAGGCGUCAUCACUGCUUUCAUUACAUUCUCAGAUGUCCAGGACGAAAUCGAUUUCGAGUUUCUUGGUUACAACUUGACCGCUCCGCAAAACAACUACUACGCGCAAGGUAUUUUGAACUAUACCAAUGCCCGGAACUCGUCUACCUCCGACACUUUUGAGAACUGGCACUACUACGAAAUUGACUGGAAAGAAGAAGAAUUGCUGUGGUAUGUGGACGGUGAAAAAGUCCGGACAGUGAAAAAGGAAGACACCUGGAACACCACUACCGAAGAGUACAACUAUCCACAAACGCCGUCGCGGAUCCAGCUUUCGUUGUGGCCCGGUGGUUCCAACUUGAACGCCUUGGGUACUAUUGAAUGGGCCGGUGGUGCGAUCAACUGGGACUCGGAAGACAUUCAGAAGUAUGGCUACUACUACGCAUAUUUCAAGAAUCUUACUGUCGAGGCAUACGAUCUUCCCGACUUUGUCCAGCACCGCUCAAACACCAGCAUCUCCAAAUAUCACGCCUUUUUGUAUAACUCCACCAAGGGUUUCGAAGAAAACAUCUUCCUCACAGAUAGGAAAACAUGGUUGGGCAGCGGCGACGCUACCGGAUUUGACCCACAAAACGAGGAAGAAGAUAAGGUGGAAACAACGAAAAUCGUCAGCCUGUCAGGAUCGCAUGUUGUGACCAAAACAACUGUGAAAACCAAAAACACUUCUGGCGUCACCGUCAAGGUUCCAACAGCCUUGUCUUCCACUACAACCACAGAAGAAUGGACCGGAGGCUUUGUCCAAAACUCAAAGAGCACUAGUGCCGCAGGAAACUCGUCUGGCUCGGGUAAAAGCAGCUCAGGCGCCAUGAGAGGUUACACUGCUGGAAGCAUAGUUGCGGGCGCAAUUGCGGCAGGCGUGGGAAUGUUCGUCUUUGCGUUGUAA